GAUUUUGAAUGUCCUGCCUGUACGGGCUGCGAAUUUUGGCCCUGCGGGGAAUACGAACGGCGGAUGAUGCUGUCCAGUGGAAACUUCAGUUCUCAAGCGGAAUCCGGGGAAUACGUUGGAUCCUUGCAGUCCAUGGACUCCACCGGCCGCCCUUUGCCACCUUUACCGGAGCACCCGCCCCGGCCGGGCACCGUGGUGUUGGUGGAGCCCAUGACUACAAGCAUCAGCGGCAUCUCGGGCGGUGCCAGCGCACGCUCCACGUUGUCAUCGCUCGAGUCCCCGCAAGCCUCGCCCAGCGUCAACGCCGCGGAACAGCAGCAGAUGGCGGAGAGACCCAAAGUGGCCAAGAUGAAGACGGCACCGGUGUUGUGAGCUGUUAUCAGAC